AUGUCGUUCCGGCGGGUGCUGCAGAUGGCAGCCUGCGGCCUGGCGGCGGGCUCGGCUGCCCUGCUCUUCUCCACCGCGGCCGUGGGCAAGUCCCACAUGGGUGGGGAUGCAGAGUUUUGGGGGGCCGAGGUGCCAGCGGCGAAGGCGGGAUCCGGGUCUUCCGGGUACGGCGCCUGGGACCCCAACUGGGACCAGCGACACCCGCCGCCCCCGCCCCUCCUGCCAGGGGAAAGGGGCCUGGCGUCGGGCGACCGCGCCACGGCCAGCCGGCACAUCUUCCUCAUCCGGCACUCCCAGUACCACAAGGACGCCGACCUGGAGAAGGACCGCACCCUCACGGCCCUGGGUCGCCAGCAGGCCGAGCUGACGGGCCGCCGGCUCGCCAGCCUGGGCCUCAGGUUCAGUCAGAUCGUGCACUCGUCCAUGACCCGCGCCAUCGAAACCACCGACAUCAUCAGCAAGCACCUGCCGGGCGUCCAGACAGCCAGCACCGACUUGCUGCGGGAAGGCUUCCCCGUGGAGCCCGACCCCCCGGAGCCCCGCAGCGAGUCGGAGGCGGCGCGGCUCUCCAAGGACCGGGCCCGCCUCGAGGCCGCCUUCCAGAACUACAUCCACCGCGCCGACAGCCAGCAGCUGGAGGACAGUUACGAGAUCUUCAUCUGCCACGCGAACGUCAUCCGCUACCUGGUGUGCCGGGCGCUGCAGUUCCCGCCCGAAGGCUGGUGCCGCCUUUCGGUCCGCAACGGCAGCAUCACCCACCUGCUAGUCCGGCCCAACGGGCGGGUGGUGCUCUGGACCCUGGGGGACACGGGGUUCAUGCCCCCCAACAUCGUCACCCGCUCCUGA